AUGUCGGACGCUGGCGACAGUACGCACAAGCGCUCCAGAUCUUCGGCGGCCCUCGCCUUGCUCAGACGACGAGAAACCCGCGACGAAGAGUCGGGCUCCGACGACGCUCGCUCCACUGCCGGAGGUGCUGCAUCUACGAAGCAGACCUCCAAGUCCUCGAUCUUGCCCAUUUCGCGCACCAUUUCGCAUACAAGCAGGCUCUCCUUGAGCAGAACACCAUCCCAACAGCAACAAUCUCAGCAGCAGCAGCAGCAGCAGCAGCACCCAGCGCCGCCCGUUAUGAAGCCUACAGUCCCCGCACAUGACAAGGGCCCCAGCCUCGAGCAGUCUGUUCGCAAGUUCCGAGUUGUCGAGGCACUCCGCAACGGCGACACUGCCGCCAUUUCAAAGAUAGUUCGCGAGUCUGCCGACAGCGCCCAUCGCCUCAGUGUUUCCUCCAAUGCUACCUCCGCCACCACUGCUCCGACCGCUCUCGAAGAUACCACCGUUCUCCACCUUGCCCUCCAGUGCGCCGAGUUCCCCGUCAUUGAAUAUGUCUUGUCCGAUGGUGCUGGCAUGGUCGAUGUCAACGCGCGUGACCGCGAGGGCAAUACCCCUCUUCACGUUGCUGCUACUCAUGGCCGCACGGCCGCCGUGAAGCUUCUCCUCGAGCAAAAGGACAUUAACGAAGCCCUCGUUAACCUUCAGGGCAAGUUCCCUAUCGAUCUCGCCAAGAACCCUGAGAUUUUCCAGCUUCUUCAGCUGUCGCGCUCGCUCUUUACCGACUCGAAAGUACGACAGGUCCAGGAGCUCAUUGCCAAGGGAGACUACGACACCCUUGCGCAGGUCCUCGAGGAACCCCGUCUCAGAGCUGUGCUCGACAUCAACAGCCCCGAAUUUGUGUCUGAGCCCGCCACUCUGCAAACCGGCGGUACUCUUCUCCAUGAAGCUGCACGCAAGAAAAAUAUUGCUCUCAUACAGGUUCUGCUUCUCCAUGGCGCCGAUCCCUUUCGCCGCGACCGCAAGGGCAAGCUCGCGCAAUCAAUUUCCCACGACGACGCAAUCAAAUCUAUUCUCAAGAAGUCUCCCGCUGCCGUAGCUGCUCAACGCGGUAUUCAAGAAAAGGCUGUUCUCGGUCAAGCUGCUACCCAAGGUGCCGCCACAGGUGCUGGCGGCGAACUCAUAGCUGGCAAGGAAGCCCGCGAGAUGAAGGGUUAUCUCAAGAAAUGGACCAACUACCGCAAGGGCUACCAGCUGCGUUGGUUUGUCCUAGAGGAUGGCGUGCUGAGCUAUUACAAGCACCAGGAUGAUGCAGGUUCCGCUUGCCGUGGCGCUAUCAACAUGCGCAUCGCCCGACUUCACAUGAGCCCUGAUGAGAAGACCAAGUUCGAAAUCAUUGGAAAAUCCUCUGUCAAAUACACGCUCAAGGCCAACCACGAAGUCGAAGCUAAGCGUUGGUUCUGGGCUCUCAACAAUUCGAUCCAGUGGACCAAGGACCAAGCCAAGGAGGAAGAGAAGCAGACUGCCAGAAAUGCCGAGAUUCUCCGCCAGGCCAAGGCCGACCCUAAUACGCUUUCUGUCCAGGAGUCACAUAGCGAAAACGCUAGCAUUUCCGACCGCCGUCUAAGCAGCUCGCAUCUGCCGACGCGCUCAACCUCAAGCGCCAAGCUUUCCCCGCAAAAGAACGACCUCACGAGAGCCAGCACCACUGGUAGUGUCGACGAAGACGAUGCCUUUGAUGCUACUACCGAUGGCGGGGCAUCGCGUCUUCACGAUGGGGCUGAAGUCAUUCCUGGAGAGGAAGACGAUGAUGAUUAUGAUGAUCGUAGCAUGCGCCAGGACCCCAGUGCGACCAAGGAUGCUCUCAACAUCACAGCACAAUCGGCCAAGCUCCAGCUCGAGACCAUGACGGGUGUCCAUAAUGCUCUCAUGACGGAGCUGUCACAGCGCCCUGCUACUUCGCUCUCCGACACAAAGGUCACACAGGCUCUUUCAACGUACGACGCUGCAAUUCGCAGCUUGACGGGUCUUAUCGGCGAUCUCAUGAGGAUUUCCAAGGAUCGUGACGCCUUCUGGAAGUACCGACUAGAGCGAGAGACCAACAUGCGCCAGAUGUGGGAAGAGAGCAUGGCUCAUGUUGCACGUGAACAGGAGAUUCUUGAGGCCCGCGUAGACGAAUCGGAGAAAAAGCGUAAGAUCACCAAGAAGGCCCUGCGCCAAGUCAUGGAGGGCAGCACUCCUUUGGACGGGACACCUGUGUUAGAAAAAGCGCAAGAGGAUGUUCAAAUUCCUCCCAUGUCGCCGGGCAGCCGUGGCCUCAGGCGACAGAAGACGGCGCUCGAUCAAGUUGCAGACUUUUCCGAUUCAGACUCGGAUGAUGGAGAUGAAUUCUUUGAUGCGGUGGACUCUGGUGAAGUUGAGGUCACCGAACUCCCCGAGUCGCAGCCUACCGAGCCGCAAGCCGUAGUUUCGUCGUCGAUGGAUCUUACCCCCUCGUUUCGUGGUUACGAGAAUGGUAUCCGACACCGACUCAAGAUGGACGCCGAUGACCGUCCUAAGAUCUCUCUCUGGGGUAUUCUCAAAUCGAUGAUCGGCAAGGAUAUGACCAAGAUGACCCUGCCCGUAUCCUUCAACGAGCCUACUUCCCUACUGUACCGAUGCGGUGAAGAUAUGGAGUAUUCCGACCUGCUCGAUAUGGCCGCCUCUCGACCCGACUCACUGGAGCGGCUGAUCUAUGUCGCUGCCUUUGCAGCCAGUGAAUACGCCUCUAGUAUUGGUCGUGUUGCCAAGCCAUUCAACCCCCUUCUUGGAGAAACUUUUGAAUACGUUCGUCCCGACAAGAACUACCGCUUCUUCACAGAGCAGGUCAGCCACCACCCGCCGAUUGGUGCUGCUUGGGCCGAGUCUCCUAAUUGGACCUACUGGGGAGAGUCCAACGUCAAGUCGAAAUUUUACGGCAAGUCCUUUGACGUUGCGCACUUGGGUACUUGGUUCCUCAGAAUCAGACCAACCAACGGCGGCAAGGAAGAUUUCUACUCGUGGAAGAAGGUCACGUCGUCUGUCAUCGGUAUCAUUACCGGCAACCCUACUAUUGACCACUACGGUACCAUGGAAGUGAAGAACUGGACUACUGGCGAAGUUGCGAUGCUCGAGAUGAAGCCUCGCGGUUGGAAGGUGUCGAGCGCGUAUCAGGUUGCCGGCAAGGUUAUGGAUUCGGAUGGUGGAGUGCGCUUCAGCAUGGGCGGUCGCUGGAACUCGAAACUCUAUGCACGCCUGACACCGGGCUACGAAGCCAACCUUGACGCUUCAGGAAAGGGAAACAGCGAUGAGAAAGUGCACAGCGGCGGUAUGACGGACCCUAACCGGGCCUACCUGGUGUGGCAAGCGAAUGAACGACCUACUGGAAUCCCGUUCAACCUGACGCCAUUUGUUCUAACGUUCAACCACAUUGACGACAAGCUCAAGCAGUGGAUUGCGCCGACGGACUCGCGACUAAGACCCGAUCAGCGUGCUAUGGAGGAUGGUGAGUACGAUCUUGCGGCGACGGAGAAGAACCGACUGGAAGAGAAUCAGCGCGCGCGCCGGCGUAAGCGGGAGGAUGCGGGCGACCACUUUACGCCGGCGUGGUUUAGCAGAGCGCGUUGCGAGGUGACGGGUGAGCAGUACUGGCAGUUCAACCACAAGUACUGGAAGCAGCGUGAAAAGGCUGGGCCUGAGGGUGACGCGAACGUGUGGGCUGGCCUGGAGCCCAUCUUUCAGGAUGAAGCAGCUACAGAAAAUGAGUAG